UGCCCGCUGCCGGCACCUGUUGUGCUACGGAGACUCCUUCCCCCCGUUCUCUCGGUGUCUCUGUCAUCCCUCCCGCCCCGGGACGGACGAUGCGGGCCGCGGUGCUUAUGGCUGUGCUGGCCGCGCUGGCAGCGAGCCGUGCGGCCGCCGGAUCGUCGCCCAACGCCACGGAGCCACAGCGGCACGAGGAGCGGGAGCCCGGGAGUCGCGAGGGCGAGCCCGUGCCGGGUCCUGACUACGAGGAGGAUGAGGAGGAGGACGAGGAGGCGCCGCCCGUCCACCAGUACAUCGUGGAUGACUUGAUCCGAGUUGAACCUGUGGUUAAACCCAAGCCAGCCAAGAGGGGGGGAGAGAAGAAUGCUGGCAAAUCAAGAAGGAAGAAAAACAGAGGGAAAAACAAGAAGAAAGGGACUCCUUGUGAAAUGGAAUACAAAAACUUUUGCAUCCAUGGGGAAUGCAUUUACCGAGAACAUCUCCAGAUGGUGACCUGCAAGUGUCAUCAGGAUUUUUUUGGUGAGCGCUGUGGUGAACAGUUCAUGAAGACUCAAAGGAAGAAUGAUGUGGCAGACUACUCAAAGACUGUGUUGGUAGUGGUAGCUGUCCUGCUCUCAAGCGUCAGCUUCAUUACUGUACUUAUCAUUGUGAUAGUGCAGGUCAGGAAAAAGUGUCCUCAGUAUGAAGAGAAAGAAGAAAGGAAAAAACUCCGACAAGAGAACAGAAAUGGCCAUGUUGGUGUGUAAAUGGGGAGAAAGCAGAACAAUUCUCAAGUGGCCAUUGCCAAGCUGCGGGGUACCUCUGGCUACCUGACACAUCCACCUGGACACUGUGGGCUGGAGCUGUUGCCACUCAGCCCUGAUUCAUCAAGAGAGAGGCUGCUGCAAGGAGAUGUCAACAGGCCACUUGCUGCUGAAUCACUUGCUGAGGAGACCAGUUAUCACUGCAUCUCGGCACAACGAUAUGGAAGGAGCUGGCUCUGUGGGGGACAGGACCUGCUGUCACAACCUGCUAGAGACUGCUGCUGAGCCUUCUUUCUGUGCAGAGCUCCGGUCACGGCUGUUGUGUGGAUGGACUUUGUUCUCUUAGCAAGUCUCCUUUGGCAGCUCUAACUCUAAGGGGGAUAACCUGUUGCUACUUUGAGGAAUGGAUGGAAGGGAGAGAAUUCCCUUCCUUCCCUCUACCAAAGUGAAAAAGGGAAGAGGUUGGGAUGGCUUCUCUCCCUUGAUCUCAGUGGAUGAAAAACCUGGUUCUGUUAUCACCGUGCUCCCUGUCCAUAUUGGCUUCCGAGAGCUUCGCCUGUAGUUGUGACUUGCAGGGCGUUGGUGACAGAUCUCUGUCAGCCUCAGCUGGGUUCUGUUACUGUGUGUGUGGAAGUGAUCCCUCCGAGUUCUGUCGGACUCGUGGUGUGAGUGGAGCUAUCCAUUUGCGUGUGUGCUAGCCCAAGUUGAAAUUAGUCUCCUCAGGACGCUGAGGCAGUAGAUGCAAGACCUGAGGCUUUGCAUCUAAAGGAAAAGAUCCAUGCUCAAACCAACUGAUAAGGCUGGACCCAUCUCUCCUAAAAACAAAGCUACUUCUGUUAAACAGAUACUUGUUGCUGCUUUAAGCAGUGCUUAAAUAUAAAAUGCUUCACGUCAGAUCCCAUCCGUUGAACUUGACUAAGAACCUGUUCCUUUGGAGAAUUUAAUUCAGGCACUGAUGCUUUGCAAGCAGUGGUCUCUUGUGCU